AGAAUCUUGGAGUGGGUGGAUACAUUUUAGCAUUACUACAAGAUUUUCUUGCAGGUAGGUAUCAGCGAGUUGCUGUUUAUAGAAUCCUUAAGAAACAUGGACCAUUUGUGUUUGGAGUUCCACAUGCAGGGUAGUGUUCUUGGUCCAUUGUUAUUUUUAGUAUGUACAAUCGGUACGGAAGUUGGCGUGAAAAAAAAGAUUGUUCAGUAUACCGAUGAUGCAACAUCUGUAAGUGUAGUAACGUCUCCACUUAUGAUAGAUGAAGCUGCCCCCAGCAUCAGUCAGGACAUGGACCGGAUCAGUGAAUGGUGUAGUGGAUGGGCUAUGAGGCUAAACUCCAAUAAGAUGAAAGCACUAUUGAUCAGUAGAUCUCGUAAUGAUUUUCCACCCCAUCCUCCCCUUCAGGUUCGUUUACCAAAAGGUCCAGCUUGUAAGACACCUGACGCCAUCUUGAAGGUCAAAUGGGACUUGGAAGAAGAAGUAUUGCCAGUCUUCUUUGCUGCAGUCACGAGUGCCAUAGUGGGCUUUAUGAACGAGGUAGCAGUGGACUUGUUAUUAUGAGAGUGAAUUAGUUGAUCAUACUUACUAAGGGAGUGAAGAUGCGGACUUAAUUUGCUGUGAGAAUGAAGUAGUGAUUUUAAUAUUUUGGGAAAUUAAAGUACUGAACUUUUAUUAUUCUAAACAGGAAGUGAACUACUUAUGUAAGGUUUAAAUAGUACAGUAGAUUCAGUUCAUUGUGUGAGUGAGGAAAGGAUAUCAUAUUGGCAGGAGUCCCCUUAUAGACUUCAUUACCGAAGUGGUGAAAUAAUGGACUAGAAAGGAGUUACAUUUGUAGCUGUGAGAGAGAAACAGUGGAAUUUUCAAUGCAAGAUUGCAGUGCUAGAGUUCAUUAAUGUAAAAUUUAAAUUCUGUAAUUUGUUAUUUUAUGGGCUAAGUUCACUGAAAAAUUACUAUGGGUAACUCUGAUUCCCGCUGCAAAACUUGUAAGAAUUGUCCUGACAGUCACACUGAGGCAAGUGAGGAGUGCACUUGCUCAUGUCAAGUCAGGGUGACAUGUACAUGUAAAUGCAACGUUGGCAAUGGGCAUGACAUUGCCCAAAAAGUCUCUGCAAUUGCAGGAGGCACCAUUGCUGGUGCAGCAGGUAUAGCAGUGACUGUGUUCACGGGUGGUAUAGCCCUCCCUAUAGUUGGAGGGAUGGUGGCAGGAGCUGGGAUGAGUUCACUCAUCCAUGGCUCUGUGAAGGCAGUUAAAAGAGAAAAGAUAUGUGGAAAAGACUUUGGAGUUGACGUUGGUGUUGGAUUUGCUACCGGCGUUAUAGGAGGUGGAGGGGUAGCUGCAACAGAAAGUCUGGCAAGUGUUGCAGUCUCAAAUGUUGCCAAAGAAGCCUUCAAAAGAGGAGCCGUUAAACUCGGGGUUCGAACAGCAGGUGGAAUAGUGUCUUCUGUAGCAUCAAAAGCUGUGCAUGAAGUCGGAGAUUGUGUCAAAGGUAACAAAGAAUGGAGUGAAUAUGGAAAUGACCCUAAAACCUGGGGAAAUGCUAUUGCCUUUGGUGCUUUGGGAGGAGUUGGGGCUCAUGCAUCAUCAAAUAUCUCUAAGUUAGGCUCAACAGCUCAAAAUGCUACUACUCAAAUAGUGAAAAGAAAUGCUAAUCAGUCAAAGCAAAGUUCCAAUUCACUAGAUAUAAACUCUAGUCUUCGAUCUACUGAAAAGCAGCAGGAGUACAUGCGGGAACUCGCUAAAGCAUCCUUGACCAAAAGCAAAAUAAUCUUAGACAAAGUUAAUGAAGAAAAUGAAGAUUUGUAUGAAGGAAAUAGAAAACAUCCUCACUGGCAAUAAUGCAUUAAUAUUCAGAGAAAUAUAAUUCCUGGGGCUGCAUUUCUGGAGAGCAGAUUCUCUUCAAAGUUUUCAGUAGUUGGAGAGGAUGAAGGCAAAGAAACAUAUGUAUGAUGGAGAAUGAAGCAAAAGAAAGACCCACUGUUUUGUGAAGCAAGGCUGUCAGUACAGAGUUAACCCAAAGAAAAUCAGGUAAAAAAGUCACAGCAGAAAAAGUCACAUUAAUCUUUCCUAGAUAGUGUUCCCCAAGAGUUUUAACCCGGUAUUUAUCCAAAUAUCCACCUUUGCAGGGUAUUUAGUACAACCCCGUUGGUGAUUUUUUUUCUUUUUUUUUUUUUUUUUUUUUUGUAGCUCGGUAUGUAUCCUCCUUCGCGGCGUGUUUAGCACAGGCCCGUUGGGGAUUACCGUAAAAACAUAAAAAAAAACUGUGAAGGUCCUAAAGAUAAUGACCCUCAAGAAACAUUGUGAAUUUUUCCCUGACUUUAUUACCGGCCACUAUAAAUGAAUGUUACUUUUCUCCUAGACAAAAUUGUGACUUUUUUUUCCGGCCAUUAUUCAUGAUCCAAAUUCUCAGUAUUGCUUUGGUCAUCCACUUAUAGCGACCCUUUGACGUUAAAUGGUAAUUUAAGGUGUUCUUAAAAGCAGCAAUCACCUACUGAAUUCAUUCCAUAGAAGCCAUAUGCCUUUAUGUCCCAUUUUUAAAGAUGUAAUGAUUUCAGACCAAGCAAUUGAUGAACAGUUCGCUUGAUGGCUUUGUAGAUUUUAUUAUCCUUUCACAGAUACUGCUCAAAUAUUCAUAAGAAAGCUUUUGUAUUUGCUUUUUCUGGAACUUCUCUCGUAUCACUAUAGCUAAACGCCAUUGCCAUCAGAUCGCGUGAUUGCCAAAGCAUCUGGUGAAGCUUGGCUAUAACACAGGAUUUUGCCUCAUUCUGAGUAACGAAGAUGAUUAAAAUUGAAGCCAGGAGGAAUCAAAACAAGAUUUCAAGGUAGUCUAGUCAUCAAGGUUGUUAAGAAUAAAGGUUUGGAAUGAUUUAUAUUGCUGGGGUUAUUUCAGCAUAUACACUGUCACUGCUACUUGUUUAUAACAAACCAGUGGUGGUGUAAUAAAAAUGUAAAUGUUU